CUUGUUUUUAUACAACAAAAUAAAAUUUGCCGAUAUUUACCUUUUAUAUAUGUCCAAUAAUUGUUAAUACUAUGCCAGUUGAUAAGUUGGUGUCGUAUACAGUAAUCGAUAUUUGGAAAGUCAGUGUUGUGGUCAUCUGUUAGCAUUGGCUAGCAAAAGACAUGCGGCUUGUUGUUGACGUCAAAAUUCACAAGUUACUAUUAAAUGAAGCAGUGGUACAACAACAAUGGUUUAACUUAUACGAUUGAUAGAUUUCGUCUAAGGUGUCAUACUUCGUAAAAUCCAGUUAGCAUUAAAUAAUAUACGCUGAAUUGCAGGUUUCAAUGGGAGCAAUACAGCUGGAGUAACUGACUCGGUGCAUAUGACCAAGCAUCCCACAUCCAUUCGUCCCUAUAAAGAUGUCGGACAUUACGAUGAACUUGUGCUUUUCUGGAGACCCUUCUACAUCUGGGAGUAAUGCACGGAAAUUAAGCGGGACACAGCUGAAAAACAUGGAACAACAAAACGGAAUCGUGGGGCAUAAGUUCACAAGACGCCAAAAGCAGCGCAAAACGAAGCCAACUUCAGACGCAUCCUCUUCACAAAGAUCAAAGGCAGAGGCACUGAUCAGAGCACAUAUGGACAAGCACAUCAAAAAACAUGAAGAGGCUUCCGAAGAGCACCAAUUCAGAAAAAAUAAUAGCUUCACUAAGCAUCCAUCUUGUCAGACUUCCUCACAUCAUCAGCCUUCUUUGAGUGUUACCGCAGGAGCUGGAGUCCCCAGCAAGUUCCUCGCCAUCGACUGUGAGAUGGUGGGCACGGGUCCCAAAGGAUGCGUCAGCCAGCUAGCACGCUGCAGCGUCGUGACCUACGAGGGCGACGUGGUGUACGACAAGUUCAUCAAACCCAGCAUGCCUGUUACCAAUUACCGCACGCGCUGGAGCGGCAUCCGACCCUGUGACCUCUCGAAUGCCACGCCCUUCCACCAAGCCAGAAAGGAGGUUCUGAAGCUUCUCAUGGGCAAGGUGGUGGUCGGCCACGCUGUCCAUAACGACUUCAAGGUCCUUCAGUACUCGCACCCUCCCGCCAUGACCAGAGACACGUCCCGCAUUCCGCUGCUCAACGAGAAGGCGGGCUUCAACAAGAGGCAGUGCGUCGCGCUGAAGAAGCUCACCAAGGCCAUUUUUAACCGUGACAUCCAGGCGGGCUGCAGAGGUCACUCCUCGGUGGAAGAUGCUCGAGCCACCAUGGAGCUCUACAAAGUGGUGGAGGACGAGUGGGAGAAGACGCUGGCCUCAGGACAGCCAGUUGGCAGCGGUGGAAGCUGAUUGGAUCUUUCAAAAGGGCUCCACCCAAUCACAUCCUGUUUAAAACUGCUGCUGCGAGCUGACUAAAGGUGCUCAGUAACAUCAUAACGUUACCUCAGCGUGAUGUCACAGUCUGUCGCGGUGAACUGCUUCUUCACCAGAGCACAGUCGUGUCUUCAGGACGGCCACCUCAUCUUGUCUCUAUCGUUACCUCGGAAAGCUGAAAGGAAAGUAAACAUCACCCAGAUUCAGACAAAUGUAUAAAUGAGCAGCUCUCAAUGCUUCUGCUUGUUUAUUAGUUUUAUACAUUUUUACAAUUACCAAAGUUUUAAAAUAAUUUUUAUGGUUCUCUGACAGUUUCACUCGUGUGCAACACCUAUGUAAGGAAAUGAGACAGUGUUAAACCAUUAAAAAACAAACAAAAAGAAAGAAAAGUGAAUUCCAACCUGUAACAUUGAGUUGACAAAGAUUCAAACGUGUUAUCGAAAAAAAUAAAAAAGGAACACUGAGCUGCUUGCAGCCGUGUGCAAAUGAAUACUUGAACACAACCUUGACAUUUCACCACUCCUCCUUGCCAAUGUGUCAGGUUGUGAGGGCAUUGCUUGUGUGCAUCCCCCUUUUAGGUACGUACCUGUAUAACCUUGCACAUUGUCAAUGGGAUUUAGGUCUGGGCUGUGGCUGGGCCUCUGUUCUUCUGUCGGGGCCAUUCUUUUGUUGAUUGCUUGGACACUGACAGGUGUAAUUCAGAAUUCUUUGGAGGUUUUGGUGUUUGGAUGUGCCCCCUACUUCCAGAUGAAGACGAACAUGAUGCUUCCACCACCAUGAUUCCCUGUCAGCUUGAUGUUUUUCUGCUGAUGCUCUGUUUGUUUUAUUUAUUUUUUGCACCAGUGACCAGUUACAAAGAAAAACAUCCAGGCCUUCUUGCAUGUUGCAAAAAAACCCAUGUCACAAUGUAUCACAGCAUCGGCAGCGUGGUCUCAUAUGCCUCAGCUUGUCCCUGUUCAACCUUUGGGGAAAAAAAAGCGCUCUCUUAAUGACUGACUGGAUAUUUUUCUCAGCGUUGGAAAGUAUAGAAGAUUACAUGACUGCCUGCUGAAUUAAUUGAAAUACUUGACGGGAAAGGUUGCCAUACAAUACAAUAUGGAUGCCAUCAACCUGCUGAGUCAACUUAUUAAGAAUUUACGUUUUCCAUCAGCCACAUGUGUCUAAUUCACUUUUUAUUAGCCACAGUUAGGGAUUUGUUCAUGUUGCACAUUUUUAGCCAUGCAGCUAAGAUGGUUCAUUGAGACGCCUGUAAAAAAUGUUCUAUUUUUGACACUUUAAUAAAGCCUGGAUUAUGCUGCUGUGUCGAGGAGCCACUGUAUGCUACUCACUCCUCCCCCUCCAAAGCCUCCUCCUAGCUUGUCGUUGAUGUUCUCUGGUUAGCGUCGUUAAGUUGUUCCAGAAGGUCUGACUCUAACCGAAAUGGACGCAAA